UUAGCACAAACAUUCACUCUGCACGUACCAGCAUGGCCACUGGGAGGCACUGCAGCUCCCCAUCAGCACACACAGCAUUCACACUGCAUGUACCAGCAUGGCCACUGGGGGGCACUGCAGCUCCCCAUCAGCACACACAGCAUUCACACUGCACGUACCAGCAUGGCCACUGGGGGGCACUGCAGCUCCCCAUCAGCAUGUGCAGCAUUCACACUACACAUACCAGCAUGGCCACUGGGGGGCACUGCAGCUCCCCAUCAGCACACGCAGCAUUCACACUGCAUGUACCCAGCAUGGCCACUGGGGGGCACUGCACCCCACAUUAGCUGUGGCUGUGUGGAUGGCAGUGUUGCAUAAUUCCCAAAUGACUCAGCUGUUCUUUAUGUCCUGGGGGCGCCAAGGCCUUUCCUGUCUGUGCCAGGAUCGCUCCCCUGCUGCGCCCGGCUCUGGGGUGUGGCGUGUCUGCGCCAUGGCCCCACCUGGGAUGCAGGGCAGGGGGGAGCAGGGCAGAGGGGGUGGCAUUGAGCAGCAUGGCCAUCCUGCCCUGAAUCUCGCUGGUUGUGCACAGCUGGGGCUGGUAGGGUAUGGGAGGGGUCUGGGUUUGGGGGCUGGUUGUGGGCACCCUGCUGUCCCUGGUGGAGCAGGGGAGGUGACCCCAGGGUCAGAGACGGGGGGGCCAGCAGGUCCCUGGGGAGUGCGGGAGGGAACCCCAGUGCGAGGGGUCCGUGAGCCACCAAAUCCCAGCCCACUGGAGCAUGCAGCCCCACAGCCGCACAUGGCCCUUUCCAGGACCAACCCAGCCCCAGUGAGCUGGGCCGGAUCCCCCAGAACUCACCCAGAGCCAUCAGGGCCCUAUCACACCUCGCCGGAACCUGGCCUUCCCCGCCGCCUAGACCCUCCGGCACACAUCAGACAAUCUGCUGCACACACACACACCAACACCCCCUGCACACACACCCUGCAACACCCUCUGCGCACAUACAUGCACACACUCGAAACUCCCUGCACACAGACACACACACACAAGCCUCUGCACAAACCACAAUGCCCUCUUGCACACACACACACAAACACCCCCUGCACACACAUAUACCCCGCAACACCCUCUACACACACACACACCCUGCACACACACCCCGCAACACCCUCUACGCACAUACACACACACACUCUAAACUCCCUGCACACGGACACACUCACCAACCCUCUGCACACACCGCAACACCCUCUUACACAAACACACCAACAUCCCUACACACAUGCUCACAAACCCCUGCACUCCCUACACGCCCACACACAACCCCCCCCCCGCAACACCCCCUGCUCACGCACAGCCCAACACUCCAUACACACCCCAAUACCCUCUCUUCCCACAAUGCAGAGGCUGUCCCACUUCAGCCCAGCAAGUCUGUUGCUGGGAUCCGUGGCCUGCAGGGCUCUGUGUUUCCAGGGGAGGGGAGGUGGGGCGGGUGGCCUCUGCACCAUGGAGGGGGAAGGAGCAUCUGGGGGUCAGGUCCCCAGAGACCCGUUGGGGUUGCCACCCUCCAGGAUUGUCCUGGAGUCUCCAGGAAUUAAAGAUUAAUCUUUAAUUAAAGAUCAUGUGGCGUGAUGUAACCUCCAGCCUGGGUCCCAGCUAGGUUCAGCCGGCGGUGAGAGGGGAGGGCAGGGUGUGGGGGGAGGCGUCUGGCCCAGGCUAAGCCGCUGUGCAUUAACCCCGGAGCAGUUAUGACAUAUCUCGAAUACCCGAGCGUGAUCCUCCACCCCCUGCCGCUGCCCGGGUACCGUUCCCACCCUACACCCAGACGGACAGACAGACACACGGCUCAGCAUGUCCGACAGCCCCAGCCCAGGAGGGGCCCCCCAGGGGGGAGCCCCAAAUGAACCCGAGGGGCAGCCCCCCUGCGCCGAGCUCAAAGCGGCCAUGGAGAAAUGCGUGAGGGAGAACGGGGAAGAGUCGUGCAAGGAGCUGAUGGAAUCGUACCACGAGUGUCUCCGUGCCCUGGGCAUCAAGGUCUAGCAGCCCCCACACAGUGCUGGUGUGGCCAAUGGGUGCAGGGUCACCUGGCGGAGCCCGGCUGAGAGGGCGAAGAGCCACCAAGACACACCAGCGGCCGUGGAGGGGGCAGCUGCUCCAGAUUCGGGGGGGAGGGGGGGAGGAUGGGGGGCAGGGCUAUAAACUGGCAACAUUUUA